AUGAAGCGAUUCAUGGCCAUGUUAAACAGGAAUAAAAACAAGGAUCCCCCACCCGCCAAGCUGCUGGAUCUAGCAGGACAGCUUUGCCAGGACGUCCAGAGUUCGUUUCCUAGUCUGGAGAAGCUGGUUGGGGCCAUGAUGGGAUGCAAACACAAGAUGCAUUUUCUCACUAACAUCCAUGUUGUCCGAGCUUGUGUGUUUGUUCAUAUCCAUAACGGGCAGCAUGACACAGCCUGCAGACUCUUGGAGUAUUGCAAGGCAGAAGAGAAGGAGGAGCUGGUGCAACUUUGGCAUGAGAUUCACUACCGGAGGGUUAUGGAGAAACACCACACGGAUUUUCUGACACCACUGCAGAAAUUCCGUUGCAGGAAGAGGAAUCCUCCACCUAUUUCCCUUUGUCCUGAAGGUUUGAAAAAUCGAAACUAUUCAGGUGAAGUACGCCAGCAACUGCACAGGUUUGCUGCAGAGGUGACAUCAAAUCCAAACAAGAAACAGCGGGAGGGAUUGGCUCGGGACAUGAACCUGCAGCCAACUCAGGUCUAUAAUUGGUUUGCAAAUUAUCGACGACGUCAAAAAUCCUGCCUCCCUCGUACAGAAAAGCUCAACAACUUGUGUCUUGAGAGGGCUUUGACUUACCACACAAAAGAGCGGCAGGAUAAAGGAUCCUACACUCCACAAACUGCAGAUGAACAGCUGGACAUGUGCCAGGCCCCUUCCGGCACCAGAGCAGUCUCUGGCUCCAUGUGGACCCCAAGUAUAGAAGUUGGCUUGGUGCCUACAGUUGUUCACAUUCAUGUCAAGACGCCCCACUCUGAAUUGCUGCGGAGAACCCAAGUCUGGGCAUUUUCCUGUCAGAUGGUGUACGGCAAGCCUCAGUGCCCACCUGUUUCUGCACACUGCAUGGAAGAAAGCCAAGCCUUGGGACAAAGCCAGGUCCUGGAGGAUCCAGUUGGUGACCCAUUAACCAAUGACACCUUCUGGGCAGCAUGGCUGCUCUUUGAAUUCUCAGCCGGGGGACGAAUGUGA